AAAAUACAACCUCGUCAUCUCCACUCCCUACCUAUGUUUUUCUCUAAACGUUCAAAUACGUUCUCAUCUCCUCCUCUUUGGUGAGGGGAAGAAGAAAACUAGUCUCAGAAAUGUCUAAGCUACUUCUUCUACACAGUUCCCACCUCACCAUUCCACUCCACCGCCAACCCUUAACUGCGAUUCUCUCUACUUCUAGGCCUCUCCUUUCCACAUCCUCUCUGUCUCGUCUCCAUUAUCACCACCACCACUUAUCUUUCUCUCUCCUUCCUCAUCACCGCCGUCUCGGUGUGUCUCCUCCGUCGUCUGCGUCUCUAACCCAACGCCUCCAGAACCUCUCGGCCCGAGCCUUCGAUGACUCGUCGUCAUUGGAGGUGAAGACCGAAGAUAAGGAGGGAGAGCAAAAAUUGGCCAAUGACGAUGAGAAACCCCCUAGUGGCAGUGAGAGUACAAAAGGUUCGGGCGAGGAAUACCCAACUGGAGAGUUUGUUUUCGAGAAGGUGAGCUGGUGGAAGAGCUUCGUAGUUAAGCUUCGGAUGCUGAUUGCGUUCCCAUGGGAACGCGUCCGCAAGGGCAGCGUUCUCAACAUGAAAUUGCGGGGCCAGAUAUCUGAUCAGCUAAAGAGCCGGUUCUCAUCUGGACUCUCUCUACCCCAAAUUUGUGAGAAUUUAGUGAAAGCAGCUUAUGAUCCACGUAUUUCUGGUGUCUAUCUUCACAUUGAUACCUUGAAUUGUGGGUGGGGAAAAGUUGAAGAAAUUCGGAGGCAUAUAUUAAAUUUUAGAAAAUCAGGAAAAUUCAUUGUGGCAUAUCUACCUGUUUGUCAAGAAAAGGAAUAUUAUCUGGCAUGUGCAUGUGAAGAAAUAUAUGUGCCUCCGAGUGCUUAUUUUUCUUUGUUUGGUUUGACUGUCCAAGCAUCAUUCCUUAGAGGUGUUCUUGAUAAUGUUGGAAUUGAGCCACAAGUGGAAAGGAUUGGUAAAUAUAAAAGUGCAGGGGAUCAGCUUGCUCGAAGAACUAUGUCUGAAGAAAACUGUGAGAUGCUGACCGCACUGCUUGAUAACAUAUCUGCGAAUUGGCUUGAUGAAGUUUCCUUGGCAAGAGGAAAAAAGAGAGAAGAUAUUGAGAACUUUAUUAAUGCUGGAGUUUACCAGAUAGAUAAGUUGAAAGAAGAUGGUUGGAUAACAAACAUACAGUAUGAUGAUGAGGUUAUCUCGAUGUUGAAGGAGAGACUUGGAGUGCAAAAGGAUAAAAUUCUUCCUCUGGUUGAUUACAGGAAAUAUUCCAAGGUUAGGAAAUGGACUCUUGGUUUAUUAGGUGGUAAAGAUCAAAUAGCCAUCAUCAGAGCCUCGGGAAGUAUUAGUCGUGUACGUAGUCCUUUAAGCCUUCCUGGUUCUGGUAUUGUUGGAGAACAGUUCAUUGAGAAGAUUCGUAGUGUAAGAGAGUCAAAAAGAUAUAAAGCUGCUAUUAUCAGAAUUGACAGCCCUGGAGGUGAUGCUCUUGCUUCUGAUUUAAUGUGGAGGGAAAUCAGGCUUUUGGCUGCAUCAAAGCCUGUCAUUGCAUCAAUGUCUGAUGUGGCAGCAAGUGGAGGAUACUAUAUGGCAAUGGCAGCCCAGACCAUUGUUGCUGAAAAUCUAACCUUAACUGGUUCAAUUGGAGUUGUUACUGGGAAAUUUAACUUGGGAAAGCUGUAUGAAAAGAUUGGCUUCAGCAAGGAAAUCAUAUCAAGGGGAAAAUAUGCUGAGCUCCUUGCAGCAGAUCAACGACCUUUCAGACCAGAUGAAGCAGAACUUUUUGCCAAGUCUGCACAGAAUGCAUAUAAGCAAUUCCGGGACAGGGCUGCCUUUUCCAGAUCAAUGACUGUAGAUAAGAUGGAGGAGGUCGCACAAGGGAGAGUUUGGGCUGGGAAAGAUGCGGCUUCACGAGGUUUAGUUGAUGCUAUUGGUGGGCUUUCUCGGGCUGUUUCAAUAGCAAAGCUGAAGGCUAAUAUUCCCCAAGACACACAGGUUACUCUUGUGGAGCUCUCGCGACCCUCCCCUACACUACCUGAGAUUCUAAGUGGCAUAGGGAGUACAUUAGUUGGAGUGGAGGCAACGAUAAAAGAACUGUUGCAGGACCUAACGUUUUCUGAUGGUGUACAAGCCCGAAUGGACGGAAUCAUGUUUCAGAAACUGGAAGGAGCUUAUCUUUCAAACCCUUUCUUUGCUUUGAUAAGGGAUUACCUCAGCUCCUUAUAAACCUUGUCAGCUUAUUCCUGGCAUGUUCUGGUUUUUGCUUUUCGGUUUUUGAUAAUUUUUGCUUUGGAUUUAAUCUCGUCAAUGUUGGUAAAUAUUAUGUGAUCAUAAAAUGGUCUAUUGAUAGAGAGGAUAGCUGCUCGGUUAUGAGGGAAUGGCAUCUACCUCUGGAAGAAAAGUGAGAGUCGAAUGAAUUAGUUUCCCCAUUUCUUUA